AUGGUUCUUCAUUUUUGUGCUCCUGAAGUAUAUACAUUGUUUGGAAAAUAAAAAGUGUGAAGUGAAAGCUAUCAAUGAAAAUCGAGUAAUUUGCGGGCAAGUUUGCAAUGAAAUACUCUUUCAAGUGGAAAAUGUUACUUGUGCAAAUUUGGACCAGAUGCACGCCACAAAAAAUCUAUGUUCUCACAAGUGCUCUAUAACAUUCUCAGGAAAUAAUGACAUACUCAGAACCAACGCGUUUUCUUUAAUGGAUCAAUUGGAACAAGUUUUUCUCAAUAGCACAGGAAUCAGAACAAUCCAAAGCAGAGUGUUCCCAAAAUAUUCCUCGAUCAAACUGGUGAAUUUAGCAGACAACAAAAUCUCCAGGAUACCUAAAAACACAUUCUUUCAACUCUAGAACCUGACAUUUCUAGAUCUGAGCAACAACAAGAUCGAAGAUAUAGAAGAAGAUUCUUUCAGCGGAUGUGAUUCUCUGAACUACAUCGACCUGAGCAACAACUCUUUGACGAAAUUAUCUUCUUCGAAAUUUGAAUCAUUGUUACAGCUUCAAACCAUGAAUCUCUCAAGGAAUUCUUUGGAAACCAUAGAUUCCAACUGGUGCCACCAUUUUCAUUCCUUGAAAACCCUCAUUUUUGAUCACAACAAGAUAAGUACUGUGGAAAAUUGCACGUCAAAUUUCAAUAUCGAUUUCCUUUCAAUUUCCCACAAUCAUUUGAAGGUUUUAAAUGGUUCCUUAUUCCCAAUCAAUUUGAAGAAGCUCAAUUUGAGUGGUAAUCUCAUAAGGAUGAUCGAAAAUCGACCGUUCCAACUUUUGGAAAAUCUGGAAGUCUUGGAUAUUUCGAAAAAUAAACUCGAAAAUCUUCCAUUUGCACUAUUCGUCAAUUUGAAGAACUUAACGCAUUUAGACGUGUCAUUCAAUAAUUUUGCGGAGAUCAAUGUAGGAGUUUUUCAUGGCCUAGGCCAUUUGACAUUCCUCAAUUUGAGUAAUAUCAAUUUACCCGAUAUAGAAGCUGCUGUAUUUUUUUCGAUGGAAAACUUAACAGAAAUUGAUGUCAGCGCUAAUGGAAUUGUAGAUUUAGAUACAAAAACACUUUUCGAGUUUUGUUCUAAAUUGUCCCACUUUAGCAUUGACAGUAAUUCGUUUACUUGUUUCGAUUUGUCACAGAUUUUUAUGCAGGCUAAGGCAAAAAAUAUCUCAAUCUCUACCGGCAGUUCUUACACAAAAACAAAUAUACUGGGAAUAUCAUGUGUUGAAGAAUAUCAGGAACCUUCCAAUAUUUCGAAAUCGACCCAUCAGCUCAAGAAUUUUUUCGAUAACGAUUUCAAACGAAGCUCUUUCUACAAAUUUUUUGGGUCAUAUAAGCAAUCAAGCAGGGACGAUGUCAAAGAAUUAAUCAAAGUCCAGAAAGAUUUCCUCAAAAACAUAACACGUGAAAUUUCCAAUUCGGAAAAAAAUAUAUUGAAUAAUUUUCUCUCGGAACAAAGGAAUAACCCAAACUCUGAAAACACAGAUAUGUUCUUGCAGAAAUUGUUGACAGUCAUCGAAGCCGACCAGGGUCAACAUGAUGAACGAAACCUAACAUCUAAAUUGCUUACAAUUUUAGAGCAACAGAGCGAAGCCUCAGCACAAAGAGCUGAAAAUCCAGAAAUGGAAGACAUGAUUUCUUCUCUUGGCAAUUUAAAAUUAACAUUUAUCAUCUUCAUGUUGAUUCUGGCUGUUAUUUGCAUUUUUGUAGUGUACAAAAGAAUAUUUGUUUAUUCAGAAACAGAUGAUAUUUCUUUAACUGAUCUACCACGUGGAGCUUAUCCAUAAUAUGAUAUUCUCGAAUGAAUUAACUUUUUUCACCAUAUUAUUGCAAUCUACUUUUUGACUGUAAUGUUGACUGUAGAAUAGUAACUUAGUAAAAUAUGGACAUCAAAAAUAAUAAAACUUUGUACAUACGAAUGUACCAAUCUACUUAUUUUUUUCGGAAAUUUUUAUUGUACUGAAUCAUUUUUGACGUGAAUAAGUAUUUAUUCCAAUCAGUUGUGAUCUACAAUAAAAGUACAAAUGGAAAAUAA